AUUAGAUAAGGGAAUGUUUGGAUUGUUUUCAGGACAACCGACUCAUCAUCUCUUCAGCAACAUUUCAGAAUGAGCCGUCCAAACGCAUCUUCUUCGAACAGUGGAUUAUCACUAACGAUGACCUCAUCAGAGAAACAGGUGGAGAUCCAGGCAAAGUUUUGUCAAAAUCGAGUUACUCAGACAGAAAAGCACCUUGGUCUGUUAUGCGAGACAAUCGGCUCUAUGAACAGAAAAUCAGCUAGAAUGAGAGACAAAGGUGAUAUCCUGGCAAAGCAGUUGAUCGAGUACGCAAAAACAGAAGACACAAGUCACUCCCUGAAGAACGGCUUGUUACACUUCUCAGAAAACUUGUCAGCAAUUCAAGAUUACAGACAAGCUGGUAUUCAGCGAGUCGAAACCAAAGUGUUACGUCCUCUUAGUGAUUAUGGAAAUAUAUGUAAACAGGUCAAGUCAGGGGUGAAGACAGAACUGACAGCGAUAAAGAAGGAACAGAAAACAGUACAACAGCUCCAAAAAGUGCGAACGAAAAAUCCUGCCGAUGCUCAUCAAAUUAGCCGGGCGGAGACAGAAGUACAGAAGGCCUCUGCGGAUGCAUCUAUAGGAAGUAAAGCUCUCGAGACGCAGCUUGAUUUAUUUGAGAAAAAUCGAAUACACGAUCUCAAGAAUAUCAUGAUAGACUUUGUGAACGUUGAGAUGAUGUUUCAUGCCCGAGCUUUGGAGUUCUACUCCAAGUGUUUUGAGAGUCUAGCGUUGGUGGACGAGGAACGAGAUUUAGACGAAUUCCGACGAAAGUUGCGGCUUUCUAAAGGCAUGAGCCAGGAGCAAUACAACCAGACAAUGGACAGUAUCGGGACGGGCACGUCCUCCGGAAUGUCCACCACAAUAGCCAGUGGGUCAAUGGAAACUGACACAUUUGGGGACACUUAUGGCGACUCAUCGAUGUCUGGGUCCGGGUCUCAUCGACGAGUACGCAUCAACACCAGAGGGUCAGCUAUGUACGGUGAUGAUGACGAUGAUGACGACGAUGAUGAUGACGAUGAUUAUGAAGAUGAACUAUCAACGCGACGAUGAAAAUAUAUACCUAGUAGAAAUAGUCACAGUUUUAAUAUUAUUAACUUAUUUUUCAUAUCAUCGAAAAUGAAUCUCUUUUCACAUAAUGAAUUGCAUACUUCUGAUAAAAAAAAAGGAUAAAAUAAUCCACCAAUUUUCCUUGCCUCGAAUAAGCUCAAUAAUUUUUUUCUACAUUUCUUUCUCUUGACAUUCCACAAACAGGGUCCAUCAUAUUCCAGGUUUGGCAGUAAAAAACUUUGCACUGGCAGGAAAAAAGGGAAUUUAUAUAUAAACAGCUCAAGAAAGAAAAUUUGAAUUCAAAAGACCAGAAAAUCGGGUACUAGUAUUCAGUGCUUUAAAUCACAAGAUUUUCAAGAUAGUGCUUCAAAUAGCUGUUUAAUAAAUAGGAGUCCAAUUUACAUAAGAAGCACUAUUUAAGAUAUUUCUCCCACUAUAUGUACAGUAAAACCUGUAUCAAGAUCUAGAGGCCACCUGGUAGAAAUCCAGAAAGUGGUCUUCAAAUGUAGAUGGUCCCUUUUAACAGGUUCAAUUCACAAUGAAAUCACUACAAUUUCGGAACAUUAUAAGUGGUCUCUUAACACAGGUGGUCUCUUAACACAGGUGGUCUCUUAAUUGAGGUGGUCACAGGAGAAGGUCUGACAGAAUCUGAAAUGAAAAACUUCAUUUAAUAUCUUAAAACUUGAAUGUCACUGUGUCUUUAACAGGAAACUUGAGCUUCAGUUUAGGUAAUUAUUUGGCCUUCAACUUGAACACUUCACAUAGAAGGUUAUUGCAUGUCAGCUAGGUUUUGCUGUUGUUUCCCACAGAAUCUGCCAGUGUUGUCAUUUAGGUAUACGUUGUUGUGAAGGUUAGUAGUUUUAUACUAAAUUAUGAUGGUGCCUAGUAAUAUUUGAAGCUUUGUGUGAUAAACAAUUGUGAUUAAGUAGAAUAUGUAGUUGAUUCCCAAUUCAACAGUCCCGUCUACAGUGAAUGGGUAUAUAUGAUUAAUAUGGAACACAGGUACAGCUUGGAAUUAGAUAUUUUCAAUGUACAAUAAAACCUGUAUCAAGAAACCUACCCUGGGAAAUCCAGAAAAUGAUCUCUCAAGGAAGGUGGCCCUUAAAACAGGUUCAACUCAAUGAAUCACAACAAUAGAGAACAUUAAAAGUGGCCUCUUAACACAGGUGGUUUCAUAAUGGAGAUGUUUGCAUGAGCAGGUUUAACUGUAUCAUUGAAAAUUUUAGCUGAGAAAACAGAUAUUUUCAAAUGUCAAUAUAUAGCUGGGAGAUAGAUGCUAGUGUUGUGGGAUGUCAGUGCAUCAUUGACUAUCCUAGCUGGGACAGAUACUGUGUAUACAUUGGAUUUAUCUGGCUACUAAUAGUUCAGUAAACAUUACAGAUAAUGAUACAUUUCUUAUCUAAAUGACAAUACAUUUAUAAAGAUUUCUGCUUUCAUGGUUUAUUGAAGAGUAUGAAAUUUCAGCUUUAUAUUAGUCAAUAAAAAAUAUAUAAAAAUAUAAAAUGUGUUAUUAAACAAGGUAGAGCAUGGGUAUUUCAUUUUGCUUGUGUUUUAAUUUCAUAAUUUCCCAAUGUGUUUUUUUUAUGUUUUUAGUUAUGUUCAUAUUGAUAUUUUUCACUGAUACUCAUUUUGAUUUGUUUCCUUAAUCUCGUAGUUUACUGGUACAUACUAAAAUAACAUGCUAGUAAUUUAGAAAAAAAAAUACGCAAAACAUAUUUGCAUUUAUCAUGUAGAGUUUGGAUUUUCUACUAAAACCAUAGAUAAUUAGUUUCAUGUUUGAUAAUAUAUUUUGAAGACAAAUUAUUUGGUCAUACCCAUCGAUCGUACUUUGACUUCAGGGAAUUGUAGCUUGACCCUGCUCUUCCUUCUCUUUGAAAUCCAUGGGCUUCACUCUUGUUGUUGCAUAUUUCUUCCUCUGAUGAUCUCCCGACAGAAUCAAACACAGAAUCAAACACUCGAUAAGCGUCAUCUUCCAGACAACAGAGUGGGUUAAUCUGAAAACAGAAUCCUGCAUACCUGUGAUUUGUGAAAUCGUAAAAUUUACUGGCUUUGAUCUCGGAGUGUAGCUCUUUGAUGAUAUUUACAGUCGGAGUACGGCUGUCUGUCAUCCUUGUGAUUCGUCAGUUUACGAUAUCUGGAAUUAAGCAAAUACAAAAAUAUAGCUAUUUCCUGGGUUCUAGAUAUCAUACACUUCGAUUCUGUCAUGAGGAAUCCCAGGGUUGCAAAAAUUAUGUGUAUAUCAAAAGAAUAAUCCUUUGAUCUGAAGAUGUUACUUCCUAUGGUUCACAGAUAGAAGUAUAUCAUACAUAUAUACUGUAGAGAAGGGAGAUAAUGCUACAGUUUCCUGGGUUAGAUCCUUCAGAAAGAAGUAGAUAGGAUAAGAGGCUAUAUGUCAUAUGUCAUCAAUUCAUUUUCUCAGAAAUUGAUGAUUUUUUUUGUGUCUGGAUAUAAAUAAAUGCAAACUGAAGUAUUUUGUGUGGGCUGGCCAUCUUGUAAAAUUUCAGAUGUGUUCUAUAAGUGUGUAUGUGCACUUUUUAAAACUGAUAUCAAAUAUAUGUCAAUUUGUACAAAAUGAUAACAAAAUAUUGAGGGUUAACUACAAACUAUGGUAAUUCUGACGGCAUAGUUAGAAAUGCAUGAACUUUUUGACACAGUUUGAUAUUUGUGAUACAAUUUUUUUUUUCAUAUUUCCGAUUAUUUUCCAAAGUAUAUUUAAAAUUGUGGAUAAGAAACACGUUAUAUUUCGGUGAAAAUAUGGAGCGGUGUAAAGCCCAUAUCCAAGCUGCUCCUUUAACCAAAUCAUAGGAAGUUCUUUCAUAGCAAAUAUCAAAGGCAUAUUUGAUACAUUUAAUUUAUUUUAAUACCUUUUCUUGUUCUUUUGACGAGAAAUCCGUCCAUACACGUUGACAGGGUUCAACCAUUUUUGAACCGAUGUAUCUUUACAAAAGAUUUGAUAUUUUGUUGAUGUUGAUCAUAAUAGUUCUUGCAUUCCAAAUCUGUGAAUGGAGUCGGAAGUGAUUCCGUGUGACCUUUGACCCAUCUUCUCUGACUAACCAUAACAUUCUGAUUGAUUGAUGAGUAUGUAUGUGUAUACAAUGUAGUAAACUUACUGACUAUCAGUUCACUUCAAAUGCCCACAAAACAUACGAAACCUUUUCAGAUUUUUUGUUUCAAUUUAUAAAAUUGUGACUUCUUGAUAUUAAUCGAAAAAAAGUUGUUUAUGGCAUUGUAUGGAACAAAAUGUGUCCAUUUGUGUAUACAUAUCCUUUCAGUAAAAUGAAAACUCAUUUUUUUUUUUAAACAAGUUUAAUCACAAAAAAAUCCAUUGAUAUAUAUAUUUAUUGAUAUUUACAUCAAACGUGGAUACAAAUUGCAUACAUAAAAAAAUAGAAUCCAGUACUUUGGAGUGAACAAUUUUGAAACAAACAGUGGUUCUAGUCAGUGGUAAUUGUCGUAAAUUGUCACUAUGUUUUUAAUCCAGUUAUAACGGUUUUAUUCCUUUAAAGUUUAUUGAUAAUUAUCAAUACAAUUUUACACCUAUCUGUGAUAGUUGUUUUAUUGGCACUAACGAUUCUUCAUGUCGGUAUCAUAAUUAAUUUUAUUGUUUUGUGAUGAUCUAAAUAAAACACUAAGUCUUAUAUAUAAUGUAAUAUAUAUAUAUACUUUAUAAUUGUGAUAAAAUGUUGAAAAACAUAAUGAUAUUAUGAUGUCACACUCUUAAUUGUAAAAGUCUCAGGUAAAAACUACAGUCCUGUUAAUACAAGUUUUUAUUGUCGUUGAGCUGAAAUUUUUGAAUGUUUCAAAGUUCAUAUUUGUCAAAGAAUGAAAAAAACUUUCCUUGAAAAUACAUCUGUAAACAUUAUGUAGGAAAGGUUAUUGUAUAUCAUAAAAUGUCCUUUGCAGUGUAACUUGAACCAUGUUCACUCUCCAAACGAAUGUAGAGUGACAGCGAGUAGUGCAAAACGUUGUUUUGGUAGUUCUGGUAAGGUACUGCGGUGGCCAAGUGGUUAGGCGUCUGACAUUCUGCUUCUACUAGCCCUCCACCAUUGUGUUGUGGGUUCGAGACCUACGUGGGGCAGUUGCCAGAAACUGACCGUAGGUCGUUGUUUUUUCUCCGGGAACUCCGGCUUUCUUCUACCACCAAAACCUGGCACGUCCUUAAAUGACCAUAGCUGUUAAUAGGACGUAAAACACAAACAAACCAAAUGGUUCUGGUAUUUGUUACUGUCUCUGAUACAUGUGUACGUUGAAGGUCUGCUCAUGAAUUAAUGUUUUGAUUAAAAUAGCGAGAAUUAACGAAAUAGGAUCGGUUUAAAUUUUACAAUUAUAUGUCACUAUACUUAUGAAGCUUGAUAUACGUAGCUAUAGUGUAUAAAAUCCCAUUUAUUGAUUAACCCAUUAAUUAUUGCACUAAUUAAAAUAGUAAUGUAUUUUAUAUUACAUUAAUUGACACAAAAUGUUAAUGGAACUCUGUCUCACUUAUUCAGAACUUUUAGGCUAACUGACACUUUUGUGUAUGGAAUAUAUAAAGAUUAUAUAUGAUACUAAUUAUAUUUAAUAACUUGUAUAAAUGUACUUUCUUUCAACAAUGUCGAAAAGUUCAUAUUAAUAGGUAUCACAAAAAUGUCAAUUUGGUGUAUACUUUUGUAAGUAUGCAUUUAGUUGCACUGAUGUACAUCUUAUUUAAGUACAAUACUGUAAGGCGGCAAGAAAGUUGACAAUUUUUUUUCUACGGGUAAGUGAUGAUCUAAAUUGCCUGAAAUUUCAUAUUGCAUAAUUACUAUUUAUCUACUUCAAACUAUAUAUUCAAUUUAGCUUAUUUGAUAUAAUUGGGUGAUAAUCCUACAUAUAUCACUAACGUUAAACGUUAAAUUUUGGUGAUAAUAAUUUGGGCCCGCCAAAUCGUCAAAAUGAGAUCUAACCAAAAUAAUCCGCUUUAUGUUAUAGUACUGUUGUCUUUCUUUAGUAUGCUAAAAAGAAACCAACUUUGUGAUUUUACUUGUACAGUCACUCAGUUUAUGUUCUUCCACCAUAAAACAUCCCUCCCAGAAAUCCAUACGCGGAGGCACCAAAAUGCACUCUGGGAUAAUUGUAAAAGUCAACGUUCGUGUGUUACUAUAUAUAGCAGCUGGUGUAGACACAUAACCGACACUGCCCACUAUGUUAAUUACGUCCCACCAAUGUUGCUAAACUGUGUGUAAUUUCAGUAGAAAAUUGUUCGUUGGUUGUGUUGUAUGGUGACUCCCGGGGUUUCGUUUGGGCAUUUAUACAACAUAGUUUUUGUGCUUUGUACUAUUAAAGUGGCAAAAAGGUAUAUGAGGAUCGUCGCUGGAAUAAGUUGAUUUUAAAGAUGAUCUCAUAAGAGGCUUCCACAUGACAUCAUUAAUUAAUUACCGUAUUUUACUGAUGAUUAAUAAGACCGUGGUCGAUAUUCAGGACGAUCCAACUAUUCUGUUCAUUUUCCAAAAAUAUAAGGGAGACAAGUGUUCUAGCUGAUAAAUUUAAGGAAUAAGACCACACAAUGACAUCCCAAGUAUGGCUCAGGUUUCUUCCAGUGAUUGUUAACGCUUUAUGUCACUUUUCAGCGACGUAACAAGGAACCGUAUUGGUCAGUACAAAGAUAUCAUGAAAGUAAAACGACGGUAACCUUACCAAACGUGACAUCAUAAUGAAUGUGGAAUGUGACAUCAGUAUGACGUCAGACUGGCCUAAAUUGGGAGAUUUUGUGAAAACUUUGGUUUCAUAUAAAAUCAAAAUUAAAAUAGGGAUAAAACGUAAAAUGUCAUGUCGUUUAAAAUUCUGUGUUAAUUUAGCUAGAAUGUUGUAUAUUUGCAACGAUAAGAAACUGUUUUUUAGAUUUGUUAGUAAUAAUUGGAGCAUUCUUCAUCUCAAUGCUCGCUCCGUAAUUUCUUCAAACCUACUUCAAUCGUUCAAUACGGUACUUACCAGUACACAUCGGUACUUCUUCGAGGACCAAACGCCAUGACGAUAUAUUCUGAAGAUUUUUUUUCUCUUCAAUUAUCAUGUGAUCAUUUUACAUUGUGCCAAUGGCAAAGCUUGUAGAACUUGUCGAACAUGCUUUUUAGGUAAUGAGAAAUGAACGAUAGAAAUCCUGUAGAAUGGACUAUAAAAUUGCUACAGUGUAUCCAUGUCUAUUGAUAACGUCUGUGGUAGUGAUGGUAUAUUUGUUUUAUCAUGUCGUUAGCAAAGAAAAUAAAUUACUUGUACCCACGUGA